AUGGAACCCCCGUCGCAGUCGUUGGCUCCCCCGGCCCUCACGACACUUCGCACAUUGGACUCCACCCUCAUGACCCGUUCUCUGAGCCAAGACAUUCGAAACGAGAGAGAAGAGCUUCAGGAAGCUGCCGCCCAGACGCUCAACGUCAUUGUCGACCUCAAUCUCGACGGCACCAUCAAGUGGGUGAGUCCCUCGUGGAACGACGUUGUCGGCACCCCCUACGACUCUCUCGACGGCACUCUGCUCUCCGAUCUCAUCGUCAGCGACAACAAGACCGCCUUUACCGACAUUGUCGAAUCCAUGAAGCGCGAUGACUCCAAGAGCCAUCGUGUGAGAUUUACCAUGCGUCUGGGUCCCCUAUCCAGGCUGCGUCUCAAUCCUCUAGCAGAGCAUGCUACUCCCGACAACCCCGAGCAGGAAGACAGUCAGCAAGAAGCAUCUCGACCGGAAGAACAGGAGGAAUUCGCCGAGCUCGAAGCACAAGGUAUCAUGGUCUAUGACAGUGCUUCUGGAGGCGAGAGUCACACUAUGUGGAUGAUCCGUCCAUGGACACCGCCGCGAGAAAUCCAAAUCGACCUUCCCAAUGUCAUUGUCGAUUCCCUCGGCUCGGGUGCCGAGGUCCUGGCUGGGUAUCUGACCAAGCUCGCCGAGUCAGCCGAAGAAGACUCGGAACCCCUCGACCCCCCUCCACCGGUCCUUUGCCGAAUUUGCGAACGUCAGAUCCCUCCAUGGUGGUUUGAGAAACAUACCGAUCUUUGUCUCCAAGAGCAUCGAGCCGAGAUGGAUGUCCAGAUGGCGCAAGAGAGCCUUGUUGAGCACCGCCAUGCUAUUGUCAAAGUCCUUGAUGCUCUCGAGACUCGCCAAAGUCGACUACUCGAACCACAACUGGCACCACUCACUGAAUACAAGGGGUUGCCUAUUGGGCCACCUCCCUCUACACAAUCGUCGCCAAGUCCGUCCCUCGCUCGUUCUCGAGAUCGUACAAGUGGCUUUGGGCAUUCUAGAGGACGCUCCUUUGCCAUUCGACGACCUCAGGCGAGAAUCGUCGAACUGCUGAUGGAUUUGUGCGACACUGCUCUCGAAAUCAGCAACCCCACCAUUAAGGAACACUCGACGCACCUCGAGGACGGCGAGAUCCGAACACAGUCUCCCCAGUCAGAGUCCCGUAUAUCACAAGUCGUGCACUGGCAAUCCCCCAGCACCAAUACUCUCGAACAAGAGCAGGGUUUGGCUCUCUUAUGUGCCGACACGGAGAAGGCUGCUCGCAACAAAGUCGACGCUAUUUUCCGCCACCGUAAAAUUCUCGAGUAUUCUGAACGCAUUCGUAUUGAGCUUUCGUGUCUUGUCCAAGACUGCGUCGAGGAGGCUAUGAGAAAGGCUGCUCGUAUCGCAGCGGGCCAGCUCACAGACUCCAGUAUCGAUGACACCGACGACCAGCAACAAGAAGAACAGCCGCAGCAGCAAUACACACAACCUGAACUCUAUGAAAGAAAAGAGCCCGUGGCCGAAUCUGAUAAGAACACCGUCUCGGGCUCGCGCUCCCGAGGCCGAUCUGAGACAGGCUCUACUGGCCACCUUGUCACCAGCCCCUCAGCACUGGCAGCUGCCCUACGUCAAGUGAGCUUGUCGGCCGCUGUACAAGGCGGUUCCCGACCAAGCUCUAUCGUUGCGUCUACUGGCUCUGCCAGCCCCAAAGAAUGCCUCACACCACGAUCCUAUUUCGGCGGCGCAUCCACCCAAUCUCGAGACGGCCGACGUGGCUCGUCUCUAUGGUUGGAAAGCGACCCUGGCGACCUCGACGAAACUUUCCGAUCGCCCUCUGUAUCCAGAACCGCGCCGAGAAAUGACUCGCCAAUGUCCGAAUUUGGCGAUCUUAGACGUGCUGCCAGUGCUCGCCAACACCAGAGGCGGAGCCUGAUCAUUCCUGGAGCUACAUCGCCGCGCCGUCAGGAAUCACCGUCUAGAGGUGCCACACAACCCUCUUCGCCGUUGAGAAUCAAGCCUCGCAUCACUCCCGCCCCCCACGAUGCCAUGGUCUCCCCGGAAGUGUCGCCCAUGUUUCCCAGCAGCGAGUUUAGUUCUCCUGUUGCUCAUCCUACGCGACACCACAGGCGGCAGUCUUCAGCUGCCAUUUCCGACUUCGUCAUGCGACCACCGCCGUCUCCUCGUCUGGGAGCCAGCCAAGCGCCGCCACAGGCACGGUCUAAUCAGCCAUCUAUCAAAGACUUCGAAAUUAUCAAGCCCAUCAGCAAAGGCGCUUUCGGAAGUGUCUACCUCUCCAAGAAGAAGUCUACUGGAGAGUACUUUGCCAUCAAAGUACUCAAAAAGGCAGAUAUGGUUGCCAAGAAUCAAGUUGGUAACGUCAAAGCGGAGAGGGCCAUCAUGAUGUGGCAGGGCCAGAGCGAGUUCGUCGCGAAGCUCUACUGGACAUUCUCUAGCAAAGACUAUUUAUAUUUAGUCAUGGAGUAUCUCAACGGCGGAGAUUGUGCCGCGUUGAUCAAGGUACUGGGCGGCCUGCCCGAGGACUGGGUACAAAAGUAUCUCGCCGAAGUGAUUCUUGGCGUCGAGCAUCUACAUGAGCGCGACAUUAUCCACCGAGAUUUGAAGCCGGACAAUCUACUGAUUGACCAAAAAGGGCAUUUGAAGCUCACUGAUUUCGGUCUCUCACGAAUGGGCCUGGUUGGCCGUCAAAAACGAGCGCUGAACAGUGAGACAAGCGAGGCCACACCCGAUCUCCUCAAGCAAGGCCCCUUUGUGCGAUCGGCCUCGAUGGCUUCUUCACGCUCCACGUCCUUGGACCUUCAAGGCCAAGUCCAUUCGCCAACCAUGACUCCUCAGAUGACUCCAGAUGUCGGCAGCAUGCCCCAGCCGUCUUAUUUCAGCCUAGGCCAGCUGACUGAGCCUCGACGAGCGUCAGGAGGACGACGCAGCGAUAGUGGCGGUAGCGAAUCCCUCUCGCAGCUGUUGUCCAACUUUUCGCUCCACGACUCAGAUCCUGGACUACCGAGUCUAGCGGCGUCCAAGUCACCCGUUGACGAUUACGGCAUGAUUCAUGGGUCGCCCGAUAUGCCGGGCAGUCUGUCCAGUACCAGAGCCAGCGUUGACAGCCAUGUUAAGAACUCUUCGAUUCCACAAACCAACAUGAUGCCACCGCCGAUGGCGCUUUUUGAUCCCCAGGACACAAACCGACGGUUCGUUGGCACACCCGAUUAUCUUGCACCGGAGACCAUCAACGGUGAUAAACAGGACGAAACGUCGGAUUGGUGGUCUGUUGGUUGCAUUCUAUUCGAGUUUCUCUUUGGCUACCCUCCAUUUCAUGCCAGUGAGGCCGAGCAAGUGUUUGACAAUAUUCUGGCGCGCAAGAUUCAAUGGCCUGAUGAAUCAGUUCUGAAGACGGUAUCAGAUGAGGCCAAAGACCUCAUUAACAAGCUGCUUUGCAUUGAUCCUCAACAACGCCUAGGUUCCAACCGUGAGGAAAAGUAUGCGUCUGGAGGCGAUGAGAUCCGUCAUCAUGCCUUCUUCACAGGCCUCAACUGGGAUACCCUACUCGAAGAUGAGGCGCAGUUUAUCCCUCAACCUGAAAACCCCGAGGAUACUGAAUACUUUGAUGCUCGAGGCGCUGUGCUACAGUCAUUUGCUGAAGAGAUGGAAGACCAGAUGUCGCCCCAGUCAGUCUCAGGAUCCGAUUACCCUGAUCGACCACACGAUGCACUGUCGCGUGUCAGGUCACAAGUCAACUCGAUGAAUCGCAAACUCAUGCCGCUGCACAUCCCCCCUCAUGUGCGAGACAUGAAGUCUAGACGUCUCAGCGAGCCAUUGGCCACAGACGACUUUGGCAACUUUUCAUUCAAGAAUUUACCUGUGCUCGAAAAGGCAAACAAGGAUGUCAUUCAAAAGCUGCGUGCUGAGGCUUUGGCUGCCCAAAACAAGCAGUCUUCUAGCAGCGGCUCUGCUGGUAUCGGAUCAUCCUCGCCUUCACUGGAGGGCAGCCCGGUUCUUGCAAACCAUUUGCAGAGAACCCUGUCCAACGCCAAGGGCAGCAACCGACCGCAAUCUCCGUCUGGAUAUAGCCAUGCGACUCCGUCACCCAGCCGGGCCUCCCAACCUUCCUCGCCACUGCUCGUCUCGUUUGUUGCCGGAGGCGCAGAUGGACGUCGCAAGGCUUCCAGCAACGCGUCCAGUCUCUCACAACAAUCGUCUUCCUUGCAGCCAAAUGCGCCGCCAAUCGACAUUCCAAAAGUGCCACCCGGCCUACAGAAGGCCGCCACGACUAUUGGUGCAUCGCCUGUCAAGGGCAAAGCUCCGACACCGCAGCAGUUGGCCAUUUCGCCUCAAAAGCUCUCCACGCCGCGCAGCUCAACUGGGCGAUCGCGCUCGCUUACAGUUGGCUCCACCGAAUCGAGCCCUGUGGCCACCGACAUGCUUCAUCAGCACCAUCGCAAUCGUCGAAGCCAGGUAUUCGACAUGUCACCGUCCUCGUCAGACAAUGAAGGAGACAGGCACAGUGCACUACUGCGGGUGCAGAGGCGCCGACAAAGCUCGCGACGCCUUUCACAGAUUGCAUUUGAUGGAGGCGCCCCAACUUUCAGACCAUUGGAUGUUCUCAUCUGCGAGGAUCACCCCGUAUCCAGAAUGGUCAUGGAAAAGCUGCUCGAGAAGCUCAGAUGUCGUACCAUUUCCGUCUCCAACGGCUCUGAAGCUGUCCGAUACUCUAUGAGUGAAAUCAAGUUUGACGUCAUCUUUCUCGAGUUCAGGCUUCCUCAGAUCAAUGGUGCCGACGUCGCAAGGAUGAUCCGCGAGACCAAAAACACCAACGCCCACACUCCGAUUGUUGCUAUCACGUCCUAUUUGAAGGAGCUGCAAGCACCCCAAUACUUUGAUUCGCUGAUCGAAAAGCCUAUCAGCUCAUCGAAACUGGGUGAGGUGCUUCGUCGACUUUGCCAGUGGCGGCCCGAGUCGCCCCAGCGUUCAAGCUCCAGUUCAGUAGCACCGGCUCCCGUGCCCCUGAACCUCCGCAAACCAAAUGCCAAAUCCGACGACAGUCCAACAUCGAGCGUCUCGGCGUUCGCUGGAAGACAAGGCUCGGCAAUGAUGUCUAGCUGUGAAAAUUCGAUGACAUCGAGCGUUUUCGGCGACUCUGAAUCUACCAUGACGGAUGACUCCCCUUUUGUUAUUAGUCGCAAGCCUACGGGCGACUGGGAAGAAGGAGGGCUGGGAAUCACUGAAUCUGACAUUUUCAGCCCUGGAACCGAAGGUGCACCGAAGGUGCCUCAUCUGCUGACGCAACAGUCCGCUCCUAGCCAGAUGGAGCAAGCUGUGCGAUCACUGGACAAGCUCAAAGCGAAACGAGAAGCCUCAGAGCGCAGAAGCUCGGACAGCACCGAUUCAGCCGAUGAUGAGGAUGAAGAAGGGGGCCACCACUCUAAGGAAAAGCACCACGCACGACGGGGCAGCAAAGCCUUGUCAGGAAAAACACCACUUCCAAGCUCCAAGCUGGGCAUUGAAAUGAUGCGAGCCAACAGCCACGAAAGCAUGAACAUGGGGUCUGAGAGCACGCCGGAGACGGUGACACAGGUGGCCACAACGCCAUCGCACGAGGUGCCGCCCAUCUUGUACGGAUCAGAGCAAGACGGGCAAGCAGGAGAGCAAGGCACUACCACGACACCGCCGAAGCUGGACAGCAAAGAACAGGAUGAGGUGGACGCCACCCCGCGAGCGACCAGUAUUCUUGAAGGCGAACCAACACCGCGCCCGCUCGAUAGUAGACGUUGUUGA